CUCACAAAAGUCUCACUCUCCUUCUCCCCUUCAAAGUUCAAACCAUUUCCUCUGAUAUCUCUCUCUCCUAUUGGUCAGCUUCUUUUUCUUCUUCCAAGGACAAAACCCCAAACCCCAAUUUUCCUAUCAAUUUUCUCGGGAAAGUUUCAGAAAAUCAUCAGGCGAGAAAGAAGAACAAGGAGUCCGUCAAGCUGGAUUUUUAUUCUUUAAUUUUAUUUUAAUUUUAGUUUUACUUUUCGGGGUUUCCGGUCGAAGCUCUGUACUGGGAGAAUUUAGAUGGAUUGUGUUCUCUAUGCAUCAUAUACCUCGAUUUUUCUCCAAUAAAAAGGUAAACAAAGACAUGGAUUCGAAGAAGAACUCGAGGAAGCCGCGCUUGGAGCGCCGCAAUGCUGCCAAGCACAUUGACUACAACGCGACCUCCUCGUCGUCUUCUUCGUCGAUUGAAUCUUCGCCGUCUCCGUCGCUUCAUACUCGCUCGCUCGAUUUGUCGGAUAAGAUGAGUUUUCGAGUCGAGGGCACCGACGGCGAGUUUGAUCGGAUAUGCCGGAGUUUGGGGCUUUCCGGUCCUGAAGACUUUGCUAUUUCGCUGGCGGCGUGGGAGGCUAGGAAGAUCCGAUCAUCUUCGGAUCUUCUGCCCAGGUCUAGGCUCUACCCUUUGGAUAGCCCCAGUGAUUCGAAGAGGGAGCAGGAGGAGGAGGAUGGUGGAGCAGCGGUGGACGAAUUGUGUGAGAGGGUUAUGAAGACUGCUGUAAUUAGGGAUUUUACUGAGUUGACUAGGGCUCAUCCAGCUCAGUCUAGUGGGUGUUGUAGUCCUGACGAUAGUUAUUGUGCUGGUGGUGAUACUACCGUUGGAGGAGGAAUUAAGGGUGUCCGGCCGCCGUUGCUAAAGCCACCUCCUUCGAUGAGGCUUCCCGAGGUUGAUCUCACGAGCUCGACCUGGGACAUUUUAAGGGAUUUUGCGCCCGACGAUAAACAAGACUCUACACGAAUGGCCGUUGAAGAUUAUGCGUCUUCUGACGAAGACAGAGAAGAGGAGGAGCAAGAACAAGAAGACAAAGUAGAACAAGUGCUGACGAAAGUUGUUGUUGAGGAUCGAGGCCGAGAUGUCCCAGCAGGGGGGCUUGCCGUCGUUGCUGAGAAUGCACCCCUCUAUGAAACGUGUUCGUUCACAACGUCGAACGAUGACGAUUCUUCUAGCAGCACCACAGAGCCCUCAAACAUUUCUCCGAAUGGGAGAUUCAAACGUAAUAUCACCUAUUGGCAAAAGGGUGAGCUUCUGGGGCGCGGGUCAUUUGGUUCGGUGUACGAAGGAAUUGCAGACGAUGGUUUCUUUUUUGCCGUGAAGGAAGUUUCCUUGCUUGAUCAAGGAGAUCAAGGAAAGCAAAGUAUUUAUCAGCUUGAGCAGGAGAUUGCCCUUCUAAGUCAGUUUGAACAUGAAAACAUAGUUCAAUAUUAUGGCACAGAUACGGAUGACUCAAAGCUUUAUAUUUUUCUUGAGCUAGUAACCAAGGGAUCCUUGCAGAGACUUUAUCAGAGAUAUAAUCUUCGGGAUUCUCAAGUCUCUGCCUACACAAGACAGAUUUUGCUUGGUUUAAAGUAUCUUCAUGAUCGAAACGUGGUUCACAGGGACAUUAAAUGUGCAAAUAUACUGGUAGAUGCAAAUGGAUCUGUCAAGCUUGCAGAUUUUGGGUUGGCAAAGGCAACCAAACUCAAUGAUGUCAAAUCUACCAAGGGGACUGCAUGCUGGAUGGCUCCUGAGGUUGUUAAUCGAAAGGGCCAUGGAUAUGGGCUUCCAGCUGAUAUAUGGAGUCUCGGGUGCACUGUGUUGGAGAUGUUAACACAAAAGAUACCGUACUCUGAUUUGGAGUGGAUGCAGGCCUUAUUUAAAAUUGGAAAGGGUGUGCCACCUACAGUUCCUGAUUCUCUCUCUGAAGAGGCACGCGACUUUAUUUUUAAGUGCCUACAAGUAAAUGCAGAUGCUCGUCUCACUGCUGCUCAGCUCUUAGAACAUCCAUUUGUGAAGAAGCCCCUUCCAACAACUUCUGGAUCGGCAUCACCUUAUAUUUUUGGUGUGCGGGGUUGAGAUAAAAUUUUCUCGGCAUAAGUGAUUUAUACUUUAAGCUCCAUGUGUGCUGGAAAAUUUCUGUGUUGCAUUCUCAAUUUGGGUAGGCUGAGCCGAGGACCCAAGUGUUGCAGCAAUCCUCACAAUCUGAAAGAAUGUUUGACGGAGCUUGUAAAAGUAACAAUUUCCAAGUAUCUGCGAGGAUCUGACAAUGGGAUCUACGACUUCUUCAUAGAACAACCAUUCAUUUUGGUCUAUUGGAUCCUACCUGAGAAUGUGUACCGGAGCUAAGUGCUCUUAUAUUGUUCUCUUCUCAUUUUGCCUGUUGUGGAAGCAUGAGUUUAUUGAAAGGGUUCAAGUCACAAAUCCUUUCUUUUAUUUAAAUUUUAGAAUAUUUAGUGGAUAAAACAUUUUAGAGACUGGUGUGGGGGCAAUAGUUGUAAGAAUUGGGAGACAAAAAAAAAAAAAAAAGAAAAGAAGAAAAAUUAGUUGUAUAUAUCUUGUCAUUGCCCAAAUUUAAUAAUUGAUUUGUGUACAUCUGUGAAGUAUUUUCCAUUUUUUGUUGUUAUCUUUGAUACCGCAGCUGUAUCCUUCUUCAAAUUAGAAAUUAAUAUAUGAAUAUCAAGUUCAUUACAGAGUA